AUGCCCUGGAUGAUGAACCUCCUCUUCACUCCCAACCACGUGCAGCUACUCAAUGCCUGUUACCCGCCUUCCUCGAUGCUCCUCAGCUCGGGCCCAGAUUUCACGCCCAAAGGCCAGGAACUGAGCCGACUCACAUACUACGCGUCGAAUCAUCCGAGCAAACUAAACAAGUUAGGGAGUGAGCUCGAAAAGCGCUUGAAAGGAGAAUGCCGAAAAGCUCAGCAAGGGAAUACGAGAACCAGGGUAUCACUAUUAAUAUCGUUGUCGAUAUUUCGUUCGCUGGCGAUUGAAUGCCGCCGAGACAUUCACUUAAUCUCCCCGUCACUCAUUUCGUCCAUUAACACGACGUUGGGCGCGUUGCCUAAUGACUUGGAAGUGACCGCUAGAGCCGCUAGUGUGUUUACGGCCUGGACAACAUACACUGAUGGCCAACAAAUAGGCGCUGACAGCCAACUCACCCGAGACUAUGUCUCCACGCUCCAGAGGUUUGCCGACCUAAGUAGUUCCACUUCCAAAGAUCAUGAGAAUCGUAACAGGCAAAAGCUCAUAGGGCUAGCUGCGUUAACUGGUGCCCUGAGCUCUGAAGCUCUCUACAAUGACAUGCUCCAAUUUCGCGAACAAGUCGCGGUUAUCAUGCGGCCAAUACUAUAUGCAAUCUUUGGAACACCUUUGCAGUCACUCGAUCAUCAUGCUAUGAGCGUCAAGGAACUUCCUAUGUCACCUUACUUGGCUGAGUUUCGUAGGCGACCGGCGAUCGAACGGCGUGCUGCUUCGAUACAUGUUCACGUCGACGGUGAAAAAGGCCCUUCCGAUUCCGACGUGUCGAUAGCAUCCCUCCACGCUGUCUUUUCGUUGUUGUCUCAUGCCAACGGCUUGCAAAUGGCCUACAUCAUGCGGUCCUCUCUAGAUAGCCUCGAUGGUCUCAAAGCUUGGGAUGAGGUAACCCACUGCCGCUGGUUUGUAACCAAGGCCGUGGAGUGGGCACAGUAUCAAUAUCGCUAUGCUGUUGCCUCCUGCAUCGUGGAACGGUUGAUAGAAAUGCAAGACGGAGUCGUUGUGUCGUCGUAUAGCACACUCGCAACCAUGCUCACCACCGUGUUCAACUCACCAUUUCCCCUCAUCAAUCUUUCCACUUCCGAUAUCAAUUCGAACCUCGUCACUCUUCUACUCCGCCGAAUCAACGUAACUCCCAAUGACCCACUAUUACCUGACCUCGUGCGGUGUAUAGCUUCGUUAGGUAGUCAUAUCUACUACACAGACCAAGUCCAUGAUCUUGCGGGUGAAAUUAUCAAUCGUAUUGCUUUGGUCGAAUCCCGCGCGCCAAAUGUGGUUCCGGGGCAAUCUGCCGUGGAUUCAAGUCGAUCACAAUCAAUACGCUGCUUGCUCGCGGCUCUUCUGGGGAUCAUACAUUCCGCCACCGAACACGAGGCUUCACAGGACAGCGAGAAACGCAAGACACAUGGGUCUAUUAUAUCCGAUGGUCAUUCACAGGAGCCAUAUUCGAACGAACGCUCUCUUAGGCGAACGCGGGUACCUUGUGACAUGUGGCAAGAUACGCUGAGCCUUCUCUGCGACCAGGACUUUGCGGUCCGUGCCGACUAUGCAGAAGCCCUUGCCUUCUACCUUUCGCAGGAGAUGCCCAAACUUGGGGAAACCACCGGCCGCGACGGAGUCUUGCGACCACGCCGCCUUGAAACGGGGCCUUUGAAACAGGCACUCAACAUGCAAGCUUUAUUCUCUUCAUCUGACAUCAGCACGAAGUUUCUACAUGCUGCUCAUGCAUUCAUACUAACUAUCGUACACCAACAACAUCCGGCGCGAGGUCUGUUGAUUGGUGUGCCCAUGCUUCUUGCCCUGGACGAAGCAACCCGAGUCCACGACUUAAGCAACGACGAUGUACGCAUGAGGGUUCAGAUCGUCAGGGGUCUGAUCGCGAGGGUGCUAGUCACAAUAGGGACCGUGUGGUCGUGUUCAGAACUAGUAGACAUUGCACAGCAGGCUCUUUCUUCUUUACCUUCAGCCCUUGAGCUCCCCAUCAUUCCUUCGUCAGACUCGCCUGAGUAUCAUCCUCCUCUCGUUCCCAUGCCUUUCCCUUCGCUUGAUAAAUCCGACACAGUCUUCCCUGGUGUUAACCUUCAGGCCGCACUGCUCGCGAUUGCUUCCAACGAGAAGGCCCAAGAAUCCACUGGGUUGGACGAACAAUCGAUGGUCCGUGUGCUCACCGCUAGAUGGACAGCGGAAUCCGCCAUUAAGAGCUGUGAGUUUCUUCACUCGUGUUUCCAGAUUGUCUAUAAUAAACCUGUUUUCACAGCUAUCGAUCAAUCUUCUGGAUUUGAGUCCGUGCGAGGAGAUGUCGUUUCUCCGUUGAUCAGGAUAUCACCUGCUCUGAUGAAUAUUGAGAACGUUUCUCUGCACAGUUUAGCUCGGUCGACACGCGGCGUGGGUGUUGCGGACCUUCGAGAAGCGUUAGAAGGUCGCAGUAUGUCGAACCCGGCACUAGCAAGGCCCGCAUCCAUUUCAACGCUUGACCAUACGUCACUAAUUCUCGCACCACAAGCACGGUCGAGAUCAAGGACAAAAAAGCGCGGCAUCCCUUCUGGUUCAGGGGACGUACGGGACGUCUUAAAUCGCUUGGGGAUUGGAAAGCAAAACGGCAGUCUUCUCAAAGCUUCCUUCCCUAACCAUCCCCCAUUGCGACAGUAA